AUGCUGACACCUCUGCAGCUCCUCUCUGUGGAGCUCGAUUGGAGGGUUUCACACUCGGCUGCUCACAGUCAGGGCCUUAAUGAGCUGAGGGGCGCCCGGCGCCGGGAAGUUGAGAUUAAAUCGAUUAAAAAGUUGCCAUCGAAGAGAGGACGGGCCCAGCGGCAAUUUCUUUACGGCCCCGCCCGGAGGAGAGCAGCUUCAGGUUUAUCUGACCGGUGUCACGUACCUGGUGAGGUGGCGGCUGGACUCGCCGUUUGGACCCAAAUUGAACUGUUUUCAGGGUGUGCUGGGACCUUGUCUGCAGCAGUUAGCCGGGUCCACGGCUUGUCCGCCCGGCGGUCGGGACCGGGUGUGACUCACCUGGUCAGUUUGGUGGCCGUUUGCUGUCGGGAUUCCAGCCGCUCCUUGUCCGUCUGCAUCGGCAGGAUGUUCUUCUCCUCCAGCUCCCUCUUGGAUGGACGGUUGCUCAGUUUGAGGGCCAGCGAGUCUUUUCGUAAAACCUUCAUGGCCAGCAGUAUCAUCAUCGUCUUCUUCCUCAUCAUCCUCUUCCUCCUCCUCAUCUUCCUCUUCAUCUUCAUACUCCUCCUCUAUGUCCUCCUCCUCUUCCUCCUCCUCCUCCUCUUCUUCUUCCUCUUCUUCGUGCUUGUACAUCCCCAGCAGGCUCUCGUACUCCACCUGCCCCGGGAGGUUCUCCUUGUUGUCGUCACACUCGAUCAUCGCCGUGGGAACGGCGUGCAUCAUGGAGCUGCAGGUUGGUGGGAAAGGGCAAAGGCCUCAUCCCUGGAGGUUCCUCACCUCUCAAACCUCUGCAUGGUGAGGGCCAGGGUCUUGUUGAGCUCCUCUAUGAUGCGGCUGGGCGGGUGCAGGGGGACGGGCAGCGUCCCGUACGCCAGCGAGUGUCCUCCAAUGGGAGUGUGGCCCGGGGGGGCGGGGCACUUCUGGAAGGUGACGGCGGAGGGCUCCAUGCUCCCCGCGGGGACCGAGAUCAGGAGCUUCUUUGGAGGUAGAGGAGGAGACAGCUUCACCGACAUGCAGGGCAGCUUCACGGGGGCGCCGUCUGCGGGAGAGGGGGGGGAGGGAGACUCAGAGGGGCGCGGCGGCGUGGGCGCGCACGUGUGGCCCAGAGAGCGGCGUACCUGCGAUGUGGUUGGGCAGCCUGCCGAAAGGUUUGGGCGGCAGAGCGGGAGGCUGCUUGUGUAG